CGUGACGGUGCAAUGCGUAAAUUGUUUCUCAUUGUAUUGUAAACACAUACUUUAAUAUAUGUCCGCUUCGCUGGAAAUAAUCACAUUUGUUGUCAAAUAAACAAUAAAGGUACCGGAUUCCGCGUUGAGGACAUGUCAUCACCCGUGCAUUCAAAAAUCCCCCUACAGGCCACAAUGGGAUGUCCCGUCACGCUUGAGUUAGUACAGACGACAAUUCUUAAGCAUUGUAGUAUAACACUGUACAUGAGUUAAAUUUAAUGGAUAUAACUUGGUACUUUAUGAUUGACAAGGUGCGCCAAGUAAAAUACUAAUGGAAUACAUGUAAUUCAAAACGUGCAGUUUCGAAUUCGAUAAAACGUCCGGAAUAACUGGAGGAGUUCAGUUGUUCAUUUGGAAAUUUACCUGGGAGAGUUUCAGUAUGGCUCAGAAGUCCACGAGAAAUUUGUGUUCUGGAUGUGGUACCGUCGUGUACUUUGCUGAGCGCAAGACAUCCCUGGGUCGAGACUGGCAUCCUCAUUGCUUGAAAUGUGCCCAGUGUGGGAAAGUGCUGAUCCCUGGUCAACAUGCAGAGCACAAGGGGACCCCAUAUUGCCAUAAACCCUGCUAUGCAGUGCAUUUCGGGCCUGAUCUGUUUGGAUAUGGGUCUAGUACAACCUCUCCUUCCAGAAAAUUGCUGGAAACCAAUGGCGCACCAUCUGCUACUCAGGACGAUUAUCAAGAUUCCGGAAUGAAGUGUAUUUUUAAAACCACCAAUACCAGUCCAGCGCCAUUAAAAUUGAAUCGAAACUUUGGAACUACCAAUAUACAAACAAUGGUUCGAGGGUUUGAAAAAAAUACACACAUUUCUGACUCAGAUAGUAUGUCCAACAGAAGUAGUGGCUAUUUUAGUGGAUCAGAAAAUACAGUAAAUAGCCUGAUGUUGAGUCCAGUUAGUGAAAGACCUGUGAAAGACUCUGGAUUAACAUGUAUUUACCAGUCCAGUGGGAAUCCACUAGGAACAAAAGCAGCUGCAAACAAUAACAAUAAUGAGGAGAAAAUACUGGUUAAGAGUCCUUCACAAUCCCCACGAAAAAUUAGAGGAGCUGAACUCUUCAAGAAGGUGCAGGCAUAUAAUGACUGUCACCAGAAUAGACGAGGGCAGGCCCUUAACAUGGUGGAGGAAGAAGGCAAUGUGCGAAUACAGGGACCCCUGCCCAUUUAUUGGGGUCUGAAGAAGCCAAUCAUCUUGAAGCAGUUUGACGACGUUCCACAGGCACCUUCAACCAUCACAAAACGUUACAGCGUUCUCACUGAUACCAGUAGUUUGAAAACAUUACCAGAAAUCAGAGAAGCUGACCAUGUGGUACACAGUCCAACAAAGAUAUCCACGAGUCAUGGACUUGAUGACAGUGUCAUACACUCAAUGUCUUCAGAAGUUGUCAUGAGAAAAUCGCAUAUCAAAAAGUCAAACACAGUGGCAUACAGAGGAGAUACACCAAACAAAUGGAAGAGAGCGUCUAUAAACGGACACAUAUAUAACUAUGAUACUAGUGUUUUCACUCCAGUGCUCGGCAGCUGUACUAGUGUAACUGUGGACAAUAAAAUGACAGUGAAACAAGUUAUAACAACCUUGCUAGAAAAGUUUAAGGUAGAAAAUCAGCCUGAUGAUUAUAAUCUGUGUAUAGUAACAGAAAAAGAUGAUGAACGAUUAUUAAAAGAGAGUGACAUUCCAUUGUUAGAGAGACUUAUAUUAAGCCCUACAGACUCAGUUAAAAUUUUUAUUCGUGAUAACUCCCCACUCCCUGCGAGGGGAGGUCAUCCCGCCCACUUGGCCGGAGACCAAUCGCCAAGCACGGAAUCACCCCUGGAGGACAUACAUCUUCCUGAAGAGGUGGAGCAGCUAUUGAACAUACCAGAACCUGUGCUAAAGGGACUGCUGGAUAAAUUUAGCAAAGAUGAAGAUCUAGAGAUUAAACGCUUAAAAAACAAAUACGAAAGAAUCAGGACCAGAGUGAAGCAGAUAAUAACAGAAAAAAAGGCGAGCUUGUCACGUCGCUAGCUGUGUACUUUCUUCACACUGUCACGUCAGUUUGUCAGAGCUGUGUUAUGUACAAGCAGGGUGCGCUAUAAGGAAUACCUGAACCCUUUCCAGACAAUCUGAACAAAAUAGAUCUUACGUAGUAUUAUUCUUCCUGAUGAGAAAGUGUUAAACAUUGUCAUAGCAUUUUUUUAAUGGAUUGAAAGAGAAUAGAUGACUGCUGAAUAUUCUGAAAAAAAGCAAUAUUUGUUGUUGUUCUAUUCAUACAUUUAUAUAAUAAAAGAUUUCUAAAAUUAACAUUUACAAUGUUUGGCCUAAUUCUUGGCAAAUUAAAAUGAUGUGUUAAUCAUGUACUGGUGAUAACAGAGAGUGAUAAAAAACUUGGCCUUUUUUGUACGAGUCAAUAAAAUAUAAUAAACAUGUGCCAGCAUUCCGGUUACUAGUCUAUUUGUUCUUUGUUCUGAGACAUUAGAAAAAUUGUUACAGCAUUAUGUCUUCUUUAACAUCAUGCGUUUACUUAGGCUCAUUAGUUAGAAAAUAUAUGUUUUGAUGAUUCCUUAUUCGUACUUAUACAUAUGCAAGAUCUGAAAGACAACAUUUUUGCUUAGCAUUAUCCCAUUUUACUGAGCCACACCAGUUUGAAUCAGAAGUGUCAUAGAAUUUACUUCCAGAGGUCCCAAAUUUGGGGCCUUGUGUAGGCCAUACAUUUCAAUAUUUUUAGCUCACCUUUCACGAAGUGACAUAAUAAGCUUAUGUGAUCGUGUGAUGUCUGGCGUCUGUUGUGCGCGCGUGCGUGCGUCCGUCAACAAUUUGUUUGUGUAGACAGUAGAGGUCACAGUUUUCAUCCAAUUUUUAUGAAAUUUGGUCAGAAUGUUUAUCUUGAUGAAAUCCGGAUUAGGAUUGUAUAUGGGCCAUCUGGGGUCAGAAACUAGGUCACUAGGUCAAAUCAUAGAAAAACCUUGUGUAGAAAAUAGAGGUCACAGUUUUCAUCAGAUCUUAAUGAAAUAUGGUCAGAAUGUUUGUCUUGUUAAUCGAAUUUGGGUCAUCUAGGGUCAAAAACUAGGUCUCUUGGUCAAAGUUAAAAAAACAACUUGUGUUGACAGUAGAGGUCACAGUUUUCAUCCAAUCUUAAUAAAAUUUGGCCAGGAUGUUAUCUUGAUGAAAUCUGGGUUGGGAUUGUAUUUGGGUCAUCUGGGGUCCGAAACUAGGUCACUAGGUCAAAUCAUAGAAAAACCUUGUGUAGACAAUAGAGGUCAUAGUUUUCAUCUGAUCUUAAUGAAAUAUGGUCAGAAUAUUUAUCUUGAUAAUAUCUGAUUUUGGAUCGUAUAUGGGUCAUCUGGGGUCAUAAAUUAGGUCACCAGGCCAAUUCUAGUAAAACCUUGUGUAGAUGAAAGAGGUCACAUGAAAGAGUAAAACUUCUGUCAGGUGAGCGAUUCAGGGCCAUCAUGGCCCUCUUGUUGUUGUUGAUGUUCUUAUUACUUAAUGCUUUUUCAAAUUUUAUAAUUGUUAUUUCAUACAUUUAAUGAAAUUUGUGAGAUCUUUCCAUUUUAGCACAAAUCUGAGUGACUACUGGGUCUGAAAUUAGUCCAAAAUUAGCAUUUGAGACAUGAUCUGAGAAAACUGGUCUUAAUGCAUGUGCACAAAAGAUCGUUUCAGCUUAGAUUAGCACAGGCAAACAAAGGAUGACUUUUUCAACCUUUUUGGAUCUUUUUGUAUCAAGGAAGUAUCACCGUAACAAAAAUGGGACAAUUCUUUAUGCACAUGCAUUAAGCCCUGCUGCUGUACUCUCAGAGACAGGCUCAAUUGUUAGGAGUCUCUUUACCAGAAUAGUACAGGUUUUACAUUCGGUACAUCUUUUUUAAUUCCCAUCUUUUGGUUUGCAAUUUUGGUUAAAUCUCACAUCAUGUAUAUGAUCAUAAUGUUGGCUGGCAACUGAUCCAAUGUAGUUGUUAUAUAAUACAUGUAUUAAACCUUAACACUUUCUGAUUUAACAUGAUUAUUGUUUGUAUUUACAUGAUUGUAUUUGAAUAAAAAUACAUGUAUUUUAAA